AUGUGUUUGGUUUGUAGUAGAAAGUGGGUGGUUGUGGUGGUGGAGGAGUUUUUACUGAGGUCUGGGUCUGGUCGGGUUUUUGUAUUUUGGACUUCCCAAGGAAACGUUUUUGUUCCUGCCAAAAGUCAUGUGCAACUUCCGAUCACCUUAUUGCAGUUAAGAGUGGAUGACAUUUUAAUUCGAGGGCUGAAAUGGAGUAAGCUUCUUAAUCCUGACAAGAAAGCGCAAUGGUGGUUGUGUGGGGAUAUGGCAUCCUCUACAGAAAAUAUCGAGGAGGUUGCCAGCACAAUUGACAGGUAA